GUAUAUCCUGGUCAAUAUCAGUCAGUCAAUUAUGACGUUACAAUUAUAAGGUCGUUUUAACUACUGUGCGUAACUCAAAAAUCCGUCCGAUACACACUAAGUGUAUUCAUUCUGAUCAUCUGGUCGCAGGAUGUUUAAUAAAGAUUCAUGUCAUGAUUUGUUUCUGCACUAUUACAAAGCGUGGGGCGGGGUUGAGGAUUAUGAAUCAACUAAUCUUGGGAUUCCUGAAUUUUUCCAGCGUGUCCCGCAAGAUCAUGAAAUUUUACCGGCGAAAUUACGAGAAGAUGCCAGAUCUGCUUUGUUGGAGAGGAAAAGUAUGGGAUUAUUGUGCAACAGUGAACUACAAGAAUUCUGGUAUCUUUUGGAACGGUUUCACUCCCCACCUACUGUGAACGGAGAAAAAUUUAUGAAUUACGAAAGUUUUCGUAAGGCAUCAAAAGAAGCAUCUCCUAAGGCUAAGCAAUAUUUUACCGCAACAACAUUUGCAAAGUUGCUUCGGGAAGAUGAGGUUCUAUCACGGAUCAAUAUUCUAGCCUUUUUCAACUAUGUUAUGAAAAAAGUUUGGUUACAACAAACUCAUGUCGGCAUAUCACUUUAUGAUGUAUGUGGUGAAGGCUAUUUACGUGAAGCAGAUCUAGAAAAUUAUAUCCAAGAGCUGAUCCCCACUUUAUGUCAGUUAUCCGAAUUGGAGCCAUCAUUUCUGACAUUUUAUGUGUGUACAGCUGUACGAAAAUUCUUCUUCUUUCUGGAUCCUUUACGUUCAGGUCGUGUACGUAUCACUGAUAUAUUAGCUAGUGGAUUUUUAGACUCUAUGCUAGAAUUACGUGAAACAUCAACAUCAGAGGCGCAAUUAGCUGCAAACUGGUUUAGUCAGCAAUCGGCUGAACGUGUCUAUGGUAGUUAUUUACUCCUAGAUGAUGAUCGUAAUGGAUUGUUGACACGUAAUGAAUUAUCGCGUUUUGGCAAUGGGACAUUAACUGAUGUAUUUCUUGAUCGUGUGUUUCAGGAGUGCUUAACUUAUGAAGGUGAAAUGGAUUAUAAAACUUACUUAGAUUUGGUACUUGCUAUGGAGAAUAAACACGAACCGCAGGCAAUUGCUUUCCUAUUUCGCAUUCUUGAUGUCGGUGGUCAGGGUAAACUGACUUCAUUGACUCUGCGUUAUUUCUAUGAUGGGAUUGAAGAAAAACUACGUGCUACUGAUAGUGAUCCGCCGAGUUUCGAUAAUGUUUUGAAUGAAAUCUUUGAUAUGGUACGACCAGCUAAUCCCCAUUACAUUACCCUAGAUGAUUUAAUUAAUUGUGGUAAAGGAGAUACCGUUAUGAGCAUACUGAUUGAUCUUCAAGGAUUCUGGGCGCAUGAAAAUCGUGAAGCUUUCACUUCUGAACUGCCAGAUGAAGCAGAACUUUGAAUUACUUUUCAUAUUCUUGCCCGACUAAUUAUUUUUCUACUUUGUGAUGAUUGUUGGUUGUUCAAACAUUUUCUUACAUGGUACCGCUUUAAUUCAGGUUCAGUGUUUAGAUAUUUUUCAUAUAAAUUUCAUGGUCUCAAGAGUAACGAUGAAUUUGUUGUUCUUUUAUAUUGAAUAUCUAAUUAAUCAUUUCCUCACUACAUAUAAUUUUUGAAAAACAUUUUGCUGAACUAUAUAGGGAUUUAUUAAAAUUUGAUGGUUUUUUAGUGUUUCAUUCUAAAUAACUUAUCUUUGUCUCUAGUUUGAUGCAUGAGGCUAUUUAUUGCUGUUUGUGAUUUCCCGUUCAUUAUUUCAAUGAACUGAGUUGAUCGAUCUCUGUUAGGUAUAUCAACUCCUUGGAUGAAUGCUCCGAUAUUGCGUCAAAUUUCAUUUUGGUGCAGUUUGCUGGGUUGUGGUGAGUGGUGGAAUCCAAGGUGCACCUGCAUCCUAGUGACGGCCUGCUGGAUUCGAGUCUCAGUGGAAAUAUCAUCACUCACUGGGAUUUAGGUACACUAGGUGAUGAAUCGCAAAUAGGACGAAACGCCCAUCCUGAAUUCUACUGCUAGCCACUAUCAAGUGAAUUACACCAUGGAGGAGGUUGUUCUUGACCAUUUUUAGGUGACCAAAAAAACGAAGGCGUAUGAUAGUAGUUCAUGAGUUCUAGUUUCAGUAGUAUACAUCAGCAUUUCAAGUGUAACGAGCAGAAUAAAAAUAACCGUAUUAUUUUGCAAAUCAGUGAUGCAGCACUGAUGGAUCUGCUAGGCUGCAAACCGCACUUUGUGUAAGGGUUUUUAAUUUUACCUGAUUGCGUAGCCUGGAGUAGAUCGAUUAUUUUUCGAACCAAGCACCCCCAGUGUAUAAAAUUGAGCGUCUAAAUCACAUUUCCCCAAAGGUGAAGAAAUAAUACUGUAAGCUGGAUGAGCGUAUUUUAAAA